UGAAGUUGCCAAUAAUGCACAGGACUUAAGCCUCAGAUGUAGUAACACAAGCCCCUGGGCCUUUUCAACUGUUACUGAAUAUUCUAAGAAAAUUAACAGCUGAGCAUAUUGAAGACUUCACUGAAUGCCAAAGCUCACAAACUAGAGAGGGGAGCAGAGCUUUUCCUUUGUAGCUUUGGCUACUGAGCAGUUACCACAAGCAGGACAAGGCCUGUGUUAAACAUCAGGCUUAACUGAAAGGAAAAUAAUCCCUUUUAUGGAAACACUAGAUUGAGCCCAUUUCUGCUUUUCUCUAUGGCUAUUCCAUUCUCUAGGACAAGAAACAGAGUAACAGCCUGCUGCACAUGGGUCGCUGAUCCUUUCCCAGUUUUUAACUUCUGCACCAGUUGCCAGCCAAAAAUAAACACCAUUCCACAACCAUAUAUGUGCAACAGCCUGGUGAGGACAGAGGCGGGUCAGGCCCCUGUAGUACUGCUUUUAGCCCACACUGCCAGAUACACGGUCCUCUUUUGCUGAGCGCACCGGUUUCUAAGUGCUAUGCAUAUAACCCAGCUGAACAGAGAGUGCCUUUUGCAUCUAUUUUCAUUCCUGGACAAAAGCAGUAGAAAAAGUUUAGGACAGACAUGUCAAAGACUGCUUGAGGUGUUCCAGGAUCCUUCCCUGUGGUCCCUGCUGAGUUUUCAUUCUCCUGUGGAACUGAAGAAGGAUAAUUUUCUCUUGGGAGCAGCUUUAAAGUACUUGUCCAUCUGCUGGCAUUCGAGCAGAGUCAAAGUGUGUAACAUUGAGGACUGGAUGAAAAGCUCAUUCCAGAAAGACAUUUGUAGCAAGCAUGAAAACACCGUCAAUGAGUUUUUAUUACAAGUCUGCAACAGGUGCCCCAACCUGCUGUCCCUGACCCUGUCUGGAUGUGGCCAUGUCACAGACUAUUACUUCAUGCUGCUGCUCAAGUGCUGCCCAAAUCUCAAGAUACUGAAACUGGAAAACUGUGUGCGUAUCACUGAUCAGACUCUGGAAGCAGUGACCCUCUACGGUGGCUCUUUACACACGCUCCACGUGGACUUUUGCCGGAAUAUCACCCAAGCUGGUUUAGAGAAAGUCAGAAAGAAACAUCCUUCAAUCAUGCUGAAAGCAGAAAAGAGUGCCAGCAUGAUUCCAGAUUGCAAACCAGAAGAAAAGCUGGUGCUAGAAAGGAUGAGAAGAAAACUUGUACAGCAGUAGCUGGGAAAAUGGCAGAGAUUCACCAUGUGUAUAAUGAGCAACAUUUUCAGUUCCCGCUCAAUGUAAGUGCUGCAAUUAAGACCGUUUUGAUUUAGCCUCUUUUAAAAGAGCAUUUUGUAACAAACCCAACACAUCGGUGUUUACUUUGACCACAAAGCUCUCAAUGCAUAUUUUACACUGCUUCACAGGCCUAGAAAAUGCCGUCUGUUGGCACAAUAGUCAGUGAAGGCCUGAGCAGAGACAACUGCCAUCAGGCUAUGUGCUUCUUCACUUUUAUGCUACUGAUUUUCAUCCCAA